UAAACUGACGCUCCGAUUAGCGGUUAGCGGUUAGUGUGUUUUUAAACACUGCGGAUGAAGAAUCGUUGUAACGACGCGCGUGUUUGUAUCUUGAAAAAACGCUCGUAAGAGACUAGUUUUCGUCUCUGUUAUACUAACGUCUGCUAUAAGAAAAGCGGUGGAGGAUCAGCCAUGGAUGUAGCCGACUUGAUCCAGGAUUGGCUGGCAUGCCAGUUGCCUCCAACUGGCGCAAGUAAGGCUUGGCAAGUGGGCAGGUCAAAGUUUGGAGGUCGCGGACUUUUUGCCACAAGAGACAUUCAGCCCAACGAAGUCAUAUUUGUCGACGUACCUAUCAUUCUUGGUCCACGACGCAGCGGAGGCCCCCUAUGCGGGCUGCCCGGGGGAUGUCGCCUCCCUGUCUGCAGCGACCAGUGUGCGAAAUCACCGCGACAUCUCCCAGAGUGUCGUCUGCUAGCGUCUGCCGACAAUAAUCAAGCACAAGUCUCAGCCGAUGGAGGGUGGAGUAUGCAGCUGUUUCAUGCGCUAGCAGCACUGCGCAGUCUCACUUUAGACGAUCAGCAGCGAGCCAUUGUUAAAAGGACUGCAGAAACACUCCGCCAAGUUCUAGGCCCUAGACUGUCACACCCUCAAGAGGAGUGGAUAGUUCAGUCCUGUAGAGCAAUGGAUACUAACGCCUUUGAGACAGUACAAGUUCCCCACCAGGAUAUGGGUCACGGAAAUGGGUUACUGGGCCAUGAAAAUGGGUCAUUAGGUCAUGAGAAUGAGCCAGAGAGUCAUGUAAAUGGGUCUGUGGGUCACAAAAAUGGGUUGGGUCACGAGAAUGGGUCAUUGGAUCGCGAGAAUGGGUUAGAGAUUCAUGUAAAUGGUCACAAAAAUGGGUUAUCAAGUGGUACAAAUGGGUUGGUACAUGAAAAUGGAUCAGAUAAUGAGUCAUUAGGUCACGUAAAUGGGUCGGUGGGUAAUGAAAAUGGGUCAAUGAGUCAGGAAAACGGGUCAGAUGGGUUGGUGGGUCAUGAAAAUGGGGGAUUGGGUCCCAAAAAUGGGUCGAGUCAUAGAAAUGGGUCACUGAGUCAGGAAAACGGAUCAGUGAGUCUCAAAAAUGGGUCACCGACCCACGAAACCGGGUCAGAUGACGAGAAUGAGUCACAGUGUGACAAAAUUGGGUCUCAGAGGUCACGUGGGUCACUGCGAGGCCUGUACCCGUUGGGUGCUCUGAUGAACCACAGCUGCUGGCCCAACACGACCCACUCGUAUGACACACAGUGUCACAUGCAGAUGAUGGCUGCCACGCUGAUCAAACAGGGUGAUGAGUUGAGCACAUCGUAUGUGUCCCAGUUGUGGGACACGGCGUCGCGACGUCACAUGCUCGCCAAGACUAAACAGUUUGCGUGUCGGUGUGAUCGAUGCAAGGAUCCAGAAGAGUUCGGCUCGAUGCUAUCCGGCCUGCCGUGUCCCGAAUGCACAGAUGGCCUUCUGCUGUGUUCACGGCCACUGGACCCGCGUACACCUGAUUGGCGUUGUAUGUCAUGCGAACAGCUGAUCGCAACCGCACGCGUUCAGGAGAUACAGCGCGGUCAAGGUCGUCUGUUAGCUGCCAUAGAUACGUCCGAUCCUGACCACGUGAUCACGUUCCUCGGGGAGGGGAGGGUGCCUGAUGGCGGACUGGUGGCGGUGCAACUCAAGGCUGGACUCAAUACGUUCUUGGGCCAUGUGCAGGGAUACAAACUUCAUGAACUGAGCGACGAGCAUCUGAAAGUGAAAGAGAAAAUAUGUCGAGAUUUGCUCAGCGUAAUGGAUAAACUGAAAAUUGGGAAUACAAGACUAAAAGGUUUGAACGUAUUCGAUCUGCACCUGACGUUGGGUGAGAAAAUGCGACGUAUAAAACUAGAAGAGGACAACGAAGACGAUGCAAACGACAGUUUGAAGUUGGAAAUGAUGAAAACUUGGGAGUUGGCAAAGAAAAUACUGUCCAAUGAUGCGACUGCGCCCACCGAUUUCCACAAAAAACUCAGAUCUUCAACAAAUAUUGAUUGACUCAAUUAGAAUAUCAUAUUUUUAGAAAAAUGUAAAUAAAGUUACUGUAUUCAUAACAGUUUCAUCAUGUAA